GAUGUCAUACGGGCGAUGGUGGUGAUAAGAACAACAAAAGCUGUUUUAACAAAAGUAAAGCGACCUUCAUAUACGUGUCAAAAGCAUCUGUUUGCUUUGCUCUAUCUUGACAUUGCUGAUGUGUGUAGUGUAUGGAAUUGAAUGAAGAUGGGCUUUAGGGCAAUAGUUGUGACAGACGAGGGACGUCUGCAAUCCGCAGCUUACAAGGCUUAACGUGAUAUCCGUUUUCCACCAUCAACCUGGGACCUAAUUCAUGUCUUUUUUUUAUGGAUGCGGACGUUUAUCGUUGGAUGCAGAUUUGGGGGAUAUCAAUAGUGGUCCUGUUCCUGUUGGGCGUGGCCAGCUCAAGACACAUCAGUUACUACGACGGCUCCCCGCACUCGCGUCCAAUGAUAACGCAGCAGCAGGAGCGCCGUAUCUGCGCCGAAUUGUGCAUGGCGGGGUUGGGGGGCGAGCCUUGUGGCGCCGACUGCCUGGACGUGAUUCCCGAAGGCUUGCCGUCACAAGCGUCUCAGUCCUCCGAGGAGCUGCAGGUCGACUACACGCGCAAAGACGCCUGUCCCGUGCUGUGCGCGAACCGACUCGGCUACCCCCUGUGCAACUGCACCUACGCUCCGGAGACGAGGCCUUUUUUCCGGAUCGACUUCGUGCAGAUCUGCUCGCACUUCUGUCUCGCCUACAAGUACCAGAUCUACGGAUGUAACACGUGCGACGCCUACAAGAACAUGACCGGCAUCUCCACCAAGGCUACUCCCACGGUCUACAACUGGAACUCCUGGUGCCUCAGUAUGUGCCAGGAGGGCGACGGCGGCUCUGCCUGCUACUGCGACCUCCUGCCGAUGGGACUUAAACUGGACUAACGGUUCCUUCGUCUAUUCUAAAUGUAGUACAUAUUAGUUGCAGCCUGAGCAAAUAGAUGUACCUGGUGAAUUCUAAAUCAUGUAAAUAAAACAAAAAUAACAAAAUCGAUGAGUCUUCCAAAUCAUGUACAUAGUGAUUUUGUAUUUGGUUCAGUUCGAAAAGUAUCCGAUAGAUCUAGAAUAAGCAUAUCAUUGUUAUUACACUAUGAGAUCUAGCUGUGCUCUUUCUGAUGUAAAUAUAAU